UUACAGCAUCAAAUGCAGCUGCCAUGGAGGCCGCGUUCUCCCCGCCAAGCCGAUCUUUCAUAGUCUCUGCAAUCAAAUCAUCAAUCGACUUGAAAUUCCUCUCCUUGGGACAAUCCCUACAUUCCAUUGCCAUCAAAAUCGGAUUUUUCACCGAAACUCUUCUGUGCAACCAUCUCAUUAACUUGUAUGCGAAAUGCGAUUGCUUGAACAGCGCACACAAGCUGUUUGAAGAAAUGCCCGAGCCAAACUUGAUCUCCUAUUCCACUCUUCUCUCAAGCAAUUCUCGAUCCGGAAACCCUAGAACCUCCCUACUUCUACUGUCACAGUUGCAUUCCCAUGAUUUUCUUCCGAACCAAUUUGUUUUCUCGAGCUCCAUUGCGGCUUGUGCAAAGCUUAAUUCGCUCGGUUUUGGGCAACAGAUACACGCGCAGGCUGUUUCUUCUGGUUUUGGAUUGGAUCCAUUUGUCAGCACUGCACUGGUUGACAUGUACGCUAAGUUUGGUGAAUUAGAUUUGGCGAUUUCAAUCUUCAGACAAUCUCAAACCGGAGAUCCUGUGCUGUUUAACUCCAUGGUGUCUGGGCUUGUCAGCUCCGGCGCUUAUGAAGAAGCUCUGCUUCUUUUCGGAGAAGAAAGGAAGUUUGGUUAUUUUAAACCAAGUGAGUUCAGUUUUGGAAUCCUCAUAAAGGCCUGCUCUGAUCUCACUAAAGAAGUAGGAAUGCAAUUUCAUGGUUUGAUGUUCAAAUAUGGUCUAAAUUCUAACUGUUUUGCUGGAACUUCUCUUAUUGACAUGUAUGGCAGGCUUGGAUUCAUACAGAGCUUGGAAGACGCUUUUGAGGAAAUCCACUCUUGUGACAUCGCUCUGUACAAUGCAAUGAUUGGCGGUUUCUCGAGAAAUGGGCUCGAUUCGAUCGCUUUGGAUUGUUUCAUUGAACUGUUAUUCGAAGGGUUCGCGCCCAAUGAGUGCACCUUAGCUUCUGCACUCAAAUCUUGUGCUGUUUUGAAGUCUGAUAACUGUGGAAGAAUGAUUCAUGGAGUUGCAGAGAAGUCGAAAUUCUGCGAAAAUCUCGUAGUAAAAACCGCUCUGAUAGAUAUGUAUAUGAAGUGUGGGAAGGCAGAGGAAAGUUGCAGAAUCUUUGAUUCCAUGUUUGAAAGAAACACAGUUUGUUAUAAUUCCAUGAUUUUCGGGUUAGCCCAAAAUGGAUAUUUUGAUGAAGCAGUGAGACUUUCGAUCGAGAUGAAGUCACUCUAUAUAGAACUUGACUCAUCAACAUUCGUCGCCUUGAUGAACUCUUGUUUGGAGCACGAGUUCACCAUCUAUGGUGAUGCUGUUAAACACGGAUUUGGUUCGAACCUUAUGAUCAUAAACACCCUUCUUAGUUGCCUUAUCAAGAGAGGAUCUGUCGAAGAAGCUCUCGAAUUGUUCGAAAAGAUGAGUGAGAGAGAUGUUGUUUCUUGGACGGCUAUUAUUUCAGGACUCACCCAAUUGGAUCUUCAUAAUAAUUGUAUUGAAUUUUUUAAAUCAAUGUGUUCUUCUGAGAUCUCUCCUAAUAGCUUCACCUUUUCCAGUGCUUUGAAGGCUUGUGGGAGCUUAGCUAAUAUAAAGCAAGGCAGAUGUAUUCAUGCUUGUGGAAUCAAGCAUGGUGUCAUGGAUGAGUUCACCAACAGCUCUCUUCUAGACAUGUACCCAAAAUGUGGGGCUUUGGAAGAUGGUAGAGCACUUUUCGACGAGAUUGGGAGUAAAGAUAUAGUCUCAUGGAACACGAUGAUCACCGCAUAUGCGCAACAUGGUCGAGGACAAGAGGCUCUAGGGAUGUACAUGAUGAUGCAAGAUCGAAAUUUGGAGCCAAAUCAUGUUACUUUCGUGUCGCUUCUGUCAGCAUGCAGUCACUGCGGAAUGGUGGAAGUUGGAAUUCAGCUUUUCGAGCUUAUGGUUUCGAAGCAUGGAAUCGUUCCUCUUAUGGAGCACCAUGCCUGCAUGGUUUACUUGUUUGGUCGGGCGGGGUUUUUGGAUCGAGCAAAGUUGUUCAUUGAUGCUAUGCCAUCGGAGCCGGAUGCGUCGAUAUGGACAGUGUUUUUGGCGGCUUGUAAGCUCCAUGGCGACUUUGAGUUAGCGCAAUUGGCGAGGAAGAAGCUUAGUGGAAUGGUUUGGGAAGAUAAGCCAACAGUUGUUCUUAUGUCUAAUAUGCUGUCUGAAGUAGGGAAAUGGGAUGAUGCUGAGGAGGAGAGGAAGAGAAUCAGCAUGGAGGGGGUGAGAAAGGAGCCUGGAUUGAGCUGGGUGCAGAUUGCAGAAACUUUUGCUUGAAUGUUUCAAAGAGAGCGUUUUUUAUAUUGCUUGCUUCUGCAAAAUUGCACCUGAUGAUUUGAGGGGAAUGAAAGAAGGGGAAUUUACAUACAUGUCACCUAAUUUCUGUGUAUUUACAUGUGUGAUAACUAAACUUUA